UAACAGUGAAAGUUCAAAUCCUAAAAGAUACAUCUCAUGCGAUUAUUCAAAAGAGGGGAAACACCCAGGCGACUAUAAAUAUCAAAAUCGUGAAGUCUUUUGCACCAUUCACCUUUUAACAUCUUGAACAAACACAAACAUGAGGGCAUUCCAAGUGAUAGCUUUGGUUCUCGCCGCCGCUGCUUUAACCUCUUGCGAGGAGGCUAAAAAGCAAGAAAAGAGAGGCCUUAUCGGUCUAGGAUACGGAUAUGGCAGUGGCCUCAGUCAUGGAGGAUCAGGCCUAUCUGGUGCCUAUGGCCUCUCCGGUGGGUACGCCCUUGGAGGUUAUGGACUUGGAUCUGGACUGGGAGGACUUGGAGGUGGAUUGGGAGGUGGAUUAGGAGGUGGACUAGGAGGCGGAAUCAACACAGUUACUACCAUCAACAGAGCAGUCCCAGUUCCAGUUCCCCAACCUUACCCAGUAACUGUGAAUCGUCCAGUACCAGUUCCAGUGGCUCAACCCGUUCCAGUUCCAGUAGAUCGUCCAGUAGCAGUUCCAGUUCCCCAACCCUACCCAGUUACCGUCAACCGUCCAUACCCUGUCGAAGUACCACGUCCAUACCCAGUACCACAUGCAGUACCUGUACCUGUCAGAGUACCCCAUCCAGUACCUGUAUCUGUACCAGCCCCAUACCCUGUAAAUGUACCAGUACCUCAACCCGUUGCUGUACCAGUAGCUGUCAGUGUUGGUGGUGGCAUUGGAGGAGGAUUUGGGCGUGGUCUUGGAGGCGGUUAUGGUCUUGGAGGUGGAUAUGGUCUUGGUUCCGGACUAGGUGGACAUGGAAUCAUUUCUGGAGGUUAUGGAUCCCUUUCUGGUGGUCAUGGAUACAUCUCUCAUCACUAAAUGUUUACGGAUUCUUUAUAAUCAGACUGUCUGUAAAAUAUACGAGCCAAUGAAAGUAUUGUGACCAUGUACAUAUAGUGAGCAAAUAUAAUUAUUACCACAAAA